AUGGGAAAUUGCCUAUCAUGUUUCUUUGGAAAAAGAACACGAAAUGGAUUAUAUGAGCCUUUGCUACAAGAAAAUGAACGUGAGGCAGUAGCUGAUUUAUUAACAUAUCUUGAAACUCUUUCUACAUUGGCGUUCUCGGACAAUGUAGAGUUACAACGUUCUGCUGCUUUAGCAUUUGCCGAAAUUACAGAAAAAGAUGUUAGGGAAGUAGACCGAGAAACAAUGGAGCCAAUAAUGUUUCUUCUCAAAUCUUAUGAUGUUGAAGUUCAAAGAGCUGCAUCUGCUGCAUUGGGAAACCUAGCUGUUAAUACUGAAAAUAAAUUAUUAAUUGUUCAAAUGAAUGGAUUGGAACCUCUAAUUCGACAAAUGUUAUCUCCAAAUGUAGAAGUUCAAUGUAAUGCAGUGGGCUGUAUCACAAAUUUAGCUACUCACGAUGAAAAUAAAUCAAAAAUUGCAAGAUCUGGUGCUUUAGUUCCGCUCACGCGUCUAGCACGUUCAAAGGACAUGCGUGUACAAAGAAAUGCAACUGGGGCACUGCUAAACAUGACUCAUUCUGAUGAAAAUAGGCUACAACUUGUUAAUGCAGGUGCUAUACCUGUGUUGGUGAACCUUUUAAAUUCACCUGAUACGGACGUUCAAUAUUAUUGCACUACUGCUCUUAGUAAUAUUGCCGUUGAUGCAACAAAUCGUAAGAAACUUGCUGCAACUGAAUCAAGAUUGGUACAUUCUCUAAUUGGAUUAAUGGAUUCUACUUCAUUAAAAGUUCAAUGUCAAGCAGCUUUAGCAUUAAGAAAUUUAGCAUCAGAUGAAAAAUACCAACUCGAAAUUGUUCGUUCUCGUGGCUUACCGCCGCUUUUAAGACUUUUACAAUCAUCAUUUUUGCCGCUUAUUUUGUCAUCUGUUGCUUGUAUUCGUAAUAUUUCAAUCCAUCCACUCAAUGAAUCUCCAAUAAUUGAUGCUAAUUUCUUAUCACCAUUGAUCCAACUUUUGGCCUAUGAAGAGAAUGAGGAAAUCCAAUGUCAUGCUAUCAGCACUUUAAGAAAUUUAGCCGCGAGCUCAGAAAGAAAUAAAAGAGCAAUUGUAGAUGCUGGUGCUGUAGAAAAAAUCGGAGCAUUAGUACUUAAUGUGCCAUUAAGCGUACAAAGUGAGAUGACUGCAUGUGUGGCUGUCUUGGCAUUGAGUGAUGAAUUAAAACCAAGAUUGCUUAAGCUUGGUAUAUGUAAAGUAUUACUUCCAUUAACAAAUUCAAAAAGUGUUGAAGUACAAGGAAAUAGUGCAGCUGCACUUGGAAAUUUAUCAUCAAAAAUACGAGAUUACACACCAUUUGUUAAUGUGUGGGAGCAACCUCUUGGUGGUUUACAUGGUUAUUUACAUAGAUUCUUGGAAAGUUCAGAUAAAACUUUUCAACAUAUUGCUGUCUGGACAAUUGUUCAAUUUUUAGAGGGCAGAGAGCGUUUAGCACGGUUUAGAUCUGCAUCUGAUGGUGGCGAGGAACAUUCUUCAGAUGAGGAAGAAUCAGAUGAGGGUGAAAUUGUUCAAUUAGCUCGUAAAACAUUGUCAAUGGUACAAUAA